GCGGGUCCACCUCGUCGCGGGCGACGCCGUCAGCCACGCGGCUCCGUGGGUGCACACGGGGGGCCACACACGGCGCCUCGAACGCUCCCGAGAAAUUUCUCGCUUCUCUCGACGGAGCCGGAGCCCGCGGGCCGCCAGGUGCUCCGCCGACGUCGACGGAGCUCGGCUCGUUAAUUACUUUAAUUGGGAGCCAGCUCGUCGCGUGGCAACGGAGGGAGCGCACGGGAGAGAACGCUGGGCCGUGAGAAGAGGAGCCGAGCGCAGGGCAUCCUCACCGAGCCGCAAAGGUCACAGCGUAGCCGGGGAAACCGGCUCCGACAACGCAGUCGAUCACGAGCGGGCGCCGCUCGGAACAUGAUCCUCCCGGCGCCGCUCCUGCUGCUGCUGCUCGGCCACGUCCGCGACGAGGGGUCCCCGGGGGGGCCGCGGCGUCCGUGGCGCUGCCCGCGCCGCUGCGUGUGCGCCGGCGACAUCCUCGACUGCGGCGGCCGGAGCCUGUCGGACGACGAGGCGCCGGCCCGCGUGCCCGACCGCUUCCACGCGCUCGACCUGAGCGGCAACGCGCUGACGCUCUUCCCGUCGUUCCUGUUCGCCGCGGGCGACGGCGCGGCGCUGGCGAGGGCGGCGCGCGUGGCGCUGGCGCGGAACCGCAUCUCGGCGCUGGUUCCGGGGCUGCUGGGCCGGGCGGUGCCGCGCACCGAGCGGCUCGACCUCUCGCUCAACGCGCUGCGCGAGAUUCCCCGCGACGCGUUCGCCGGGCUGGCGCGCCUGAGCUCGCUGGAGCUGCAGGGCAACGAGAUCGCCCGGCUGCUCCGCGGCGCCUUCGGGGGCCUCCCGGCCCUGCGCCGCCUCUACCUGGGCGCCAACCGCCUGCGCUCGCUGCCCGUGCUGCCCGUGCUGCGCGCGGCGCCCUCGCUGGCGCUGCUCGACCUCAGCUCUAACCGCGCCCGCGCCUUCCCGUCGGCGCCGCCGUCCGCGCGGCUCCGCGCCGCCGCCGUGUUCCUGCACGGGAACCCCUUCGCGUGCGGGUGCCGGCUCGCUCGAGCGCUGGCGGCGCUGCGCGGCGCCGCCUACCGGCCGGUGCUCGAGCACUGGCCGGACUUCCGCUGCCUCGACGGGUCGGUCGACGGCGACGGUAGGAUGAGGGACGUGGCGGAGUUUCUGCCCGACGACGGCGCCGCCGGGCCCGGGUGGAAAUCGCCGUGCGCCGGGCGGCACGGGCCGCUCGCCCGGCCGUCGCUCCGCCACGCGGCGCGCGUCGGCGCCAAUGUCUCCCUCAGCUGCCCAGCGACGGUGGCGCUCCCGGCGGGUGGCCGAGAACCGGCGAGCGUCGAGUGGGUGACUCCGGACAACGAGACCGACGACAACAACGACGAGCACGAGGACGACGAGAACGAGCCGGCAGAGCCCGAGGUCGCCGAAGCUUCCGCCUCGUUCUCCACGCUCGUCACCAUGCUCGCCGUGUGCGCCGCCAGCCUCCUGCUGGUGCUGGCGUACGUCUUCCUCACGCCCUGCCCGUGCCGCCACCGCCGCCGCUGCUGCCCGUGCCGCCGCGGGCGCUACGGCGGGGCCUUCGACUUCAUCCCGGAGGCCGUCGCUCCGUUCCCGCCGGAGCCGAGCGCGGGGCUCCGCGCCGGAGCGCCGGCGGUGCGGCACGUGGCCUUCCUGGAGCCGUCACCUGGUGCCGCCGGUUACUAG